AUGCCUAUCAGGGCCCCUGAGCGGGGCUCUUGGGCCGACCGCAUGAAGCUGUCAGGCCUGCUGAAGUGCCACAGGGAGCUUCAACAAAUGAUCCGAGGAUGGCCGGUUCAGGAAGACUCCAUACCCGCGAGCUCCUCAUCCCUGAUCUGCCCGGUGGAGAUCAUGUUCAUCGUGGACAGUUCAGAGAGAGCCAAAUCUCUGCUGUUCGAACGACAGAAAGACUUUGUCCUGCGCUUCAGCACGAAGCUCCAGCGGCUGGCGUCGGACGGCUGGCGUCUGCGUCUGCGCCUGGCCGCCCUGCAGUACAGCAGCACCGUGUCGGUGGAGCACAACUUCAGGGACUGGCAGGACCUGGACGUCUUCCAGAGCCGCGUGGCCUCCAUGACCUUCAUCGGCCACGGGACCUACUCCGCCUACGCCAUCACCAACGCUACCCAGGUGUUCGGCCGCGAGACGUCCUCCAGCAGCCUGAGGGUGGCGCUGUUGCUGACGGACGGAGCGGACCACCCACGCAGCCCCAGCGCGGUGACAGCUGCCUCUGAGGCCAAGCAGCACAACAUCAGGGUGUUCGCCAUCAGGCUGUCGGGCCCGCCGAGGGACGGCUCCAUGGGUGCGAGACUAAGAUCCAUCGCCAGCGCCCCCCCGCAGCAGCACGUCCUCAGCCUCACUGACAGCCAGCUUGAUGACAGACUCUUCAAUGAACUGGUGAGUCAUGUCUGUGUCAGGUGCCCACAGCCAAAGAGCUGUCUGUGUGAGCGGGGGGACAGGGGUCACCUUGGAAGCCCGGGGAAACCAGGCGAGCAGGGGUUUGAUGGCGCUCCGGGUCCAAAGGGAUCUCGUGGGGAACCUGGCAUCAACGGACGUCCAGGAAUGGAGGGCCUUGAGGGUCGACUUGGCAGCAGAGGGGAAAAGGGGGAGCUCGGGGAAUGUGGCGUCCCCGGUGAAAAGGGAGAACAAGGCACAGACGGACCUCUUGGCCCCAGAGGCCCAAGAGGAGAACAGGGAGCCAGAGGAGGACCUGGAGACCAGGGUCCAGAAGGGACAUCUGGAUCUAAAGGUGAGCGAGGGAUGAGGGGUGCAUCUGGACCUCCAGGUGAUAACGGCAUUGGGUUCCCUGGUCCUAAGGGGGACAAGGGGAACCAAGGAAGACCAGGUCCUCCUGGAUCAAUGGGUAUGGGUGAACCAGGAUCACCGGGUCCAGCAGGGCCACCAGGGAUGCAAGGAUCCCCAGGGUUUCCAGGUGAGGGUCUUCCAGGGUCCAAGGGUGACAGGGGGUAUGAGGGCCCCAAAGGGGGCCGUGGACCUCCAGGAGUCGGGUACACAGGUGAUAAGGGAAACACAGGAGCCCCCGGGCUGCCAGGCUUGGUGGGGUUUCCCGGGGCAGGCAUGCAAGGAGAAAAGGGGGACCUAGGGCCAGCUGGGCCUUCUGGUCCCAGAGGACCUCCUGGACUGGGUAUCGUUGGACCAAAGGGCGACCAGGGUUUCCCCGGAGAGCCCGGAUCUCAGGGAGAGAGGGGUCUCGGUGAACCAGGACCAAAGGGGGAGCCAGGGCCGGAUGGGGUUGCUGGGAUACCUGGCAUUCCUGGUGAGGACGGCGCUGAUGGGCCGAAGGGAGAGAUGGGGUUGCGAGGUCUGCGAGGCCUAGAGGGAGCGCCGGGGAAAGGCAUCCCUGGAGAAAAGGGAGACCGAGGUGACCGUGGACCUAGGGGUCUUUCAGGGUCUCCAGGCCCCGUUGGACCUGCUGGAGCUAAGGGAGAGCCGGGAAGUCCGGGACUCGUUGGCUUACCGGGAACUGCUGGGCGUGGCUUACCGGGAUCAAAAGGAGAUCCUGGUCCUGUGGGCCCAGCUGGACCUGUUGGAGAACCUGGAGUAGGAAUCAUUGGGCCAAGGGGUAACAAAGGAAAUACUGGACCUGUGGGGCCCCCGGGAAUGAAGGGAGAUAGCUUCCCAGGACCACAGGGGCUGCCUGGCUCAGCAGGAGUGCAAGGAGAGAUGGGACAUGAAGGGAAAGGACUACCUGGACACAAGGGGGACAGAGGUCUGUCGGGCAUGCCGGGGCCAUCAGGUCCUCCUGGAAUUGGACUUUAUGGACCAAAGGGCUCUACAGGGCAGCCUGGUCCACCAGGCCUGCUAGGACCUCCUGGAGAGGGCAUCCAGGGACCAAAGGGAGAACCUGGGUUUCAGGGGCCAAUGGGCCCUCGAGGACCACCGGGGGAUGGCCUUCCAGGGGAGAAGGGUCACAGAGGCCAUCCUGGAGGUCGAGGAAAGAAAGGAGACAGUGGAGACUAUGGAGAACCUGGAUCUACUGGACCGAUGGGGAGACCUGGAGAAAAGGGGGGACCAGGACUCACGAGAGAAGAGGUUAUCAGGAUAAUAAAGGAAAUAUGUGGCUGUGGUCUCAAGUGCAGAGAAAGCCCUCUGGAGCUGGUGUUUGUCAUAGACAGCUCUGAGAGUGUGGGACCAGAAAACUUUGAGUUGGUGAAGGACUUUGUGAACGCUCUCAUUGACCGCGUGUCGGUGAGCCGAGAAGCCAGUCGGAUCGGCGUGGUGCUCUUCAGCCAUGUGGACAUGGUGGUGGUCAGUCUGCAGCAGCAGUCCAGCCAGGGCGACGUCAAGGCUGCCGUCCGGAAGAUGCCCUACCUCGGCGAGGGCACCUUCACGGGCAGCGCCAUCCAUCGAGCCAAUCAGCUGUUCCGGGCCUCGCGGCCCGGUGUGAGGAAGGUGGCUGUGGUUUUGACGGACGGGCAGGCCGACCCCCGUGACGCCAUGCAGUUUGAAGAAACGGCAACGCACGCCCACGCCGAGGGCAUCGAGAUGUUUGUAAUAGGAGUUGUGAACAAGACCGACCAUCUAUAUGCAGAGUUCCAGGCUCAGAUGGACGUCAUUGCCUCUGAUCCUGAUGAAGAGCACGUCUACCUCAUAGACGACUUCAGGGAACUUCCCAAUCUGGAAAGCGAAAUACUGAAUCACAUUUGUGAGCCGAAUGGCAGAAUGGCAUUUCUACCAAACGUUCCACCUGUGAAAAUCCACCGAGAGGCUCCGGAAGACGGCCAAUCCAAAGAGUUCCCAGUUGAGAAAAACAUACAACUUGAACUACCAGUGGAGCCAGUAACGGCCCUGACUCCUCAGUCCCAUGAGUCAGGUCGGGUCGACGAGAACCUGGUUGAUACUAAACUGUUGGUGGAGCCCUGGGACGAGCUGCCCGGCAGCAUCUUCGGCUCUCCCGGUGGCAGGGGGCCUCAGGGCCCUGGCGGGACCUCCGUGGUGGGUCCUCAGACUGCGACUGGCCGGCUGUAUGAGGCUGAGAGCAAACAGGCUGCGGUCAGCCCUCCUCCUCACCCCCUGAUAGCCUCAUCGCAGCCAGGUGAGGGGUGCAGUCAGCCUCUGGACCCGGGUCCCUGUCGACAGUACGUGGUCAAGUGGUACUACGACCCCGAGGCCAACGCCUGCGCUCAGUUCUGGUACGGGAGUUGUCAGGGCAACGCAAACAACUUUGAGUCCGAAGCCGGCUGCAGGAGUUCCUGCGUCUACACGUAGCAA